GUCUGAGGUCGGCGGGGGCGGGGCAGAGUCGGCGUGGGUGGAGUCGGCUCUCGGGACCGGCCGGGCCAGCGCGAGGCGGGGCGGGGCCUGCGCUAACGGUCGCGCGGCAUUCCUCGCGCGAAGGUAGUCGAGCCGUUGGGUUGUGGGCUGAACGCGCUGUGGAGAAGCGGCCGGGCGGGGCCUGUGUGUGGCGUACCGCUGUCCAGGUGCGAGGAGCAGCUAAGCGAGCGCUCCCGGGGGAAGGCGGCGCGGACGCCUGAGAUAAAAGAAUGGCUAACUCCAUUGCAUCAAAGAACUUUACUGCACUUUCAGACCUGCAUCCAAAUAUGGCUAAUCUGAAAAUAAUCGGCAUAGUUAUUGGAAAAACAGAUGUCAAAGGCUUUCCAGACAGAAAAAAUAUUGGAUCAGAAAGGUACACUUUCAGUUUCACCAUUCGUGAUUCAACAACCCAUUUUGUAAAUGCAACAUCGUGGGGCAAGGAAGAUUAUAUCAGAUCACUUUCUGACGGCUUUCGUGUUGGAGAGUGCGUGAUAAUUGAAAAUCCCCUGAUCCAAAGAAAGGAAUUAGAAAGAGAAGAAAAGUUCAGCCCUGCAACUCCUAGCGAUUAUAAACUAUUGCUCAGUGAGAAUCACUCAAUCGUAAAAGUUUGUUCCAGUUAUGAAGUGGAUGCCAAGCUACUUUCUUUGAUAUACUUACCUGUUAAAGAGUCUUGUGAUUAUUAUUCAUUGGGUGACAUUGUUGCAAACGGACACAGUCUUGAUGGGAGAAUUAUUAAUGUCCUUGCAGCUGUGAGGUCGGUUGCAGAGCCAAAAUACUUUACAACUUCAGACCGAAGAAAAGGUCAGAGGUGUGAAGUUAAACUCUAUGAUGAGACAGAGUCUUCUUUUGCAAUGAUAUGUUGGGAUAAUGAAUCUAUUCUACUUGCACAGAGCUGGGUGCCACGAGAAACAGUAAUAUUUGCCUCAGAUGUAAGAAUAAGUUUUGACAAAUUUCGGAACUGCAUGACAGCAACUGUAAUCUCAAAAACCAUUAUUACAACUAAUCCAGAUACACCAGAAGCUAACAUCCUAUUGAAUUUUAUAAGAGAAAAUAAAGAAACGAAUCCUCUGGAUGAUGAAAUUGACAGUUAUUUGAAAGAAUCCACAAAUUUAAAUACAAUAGUUGAUGUCUAUACAGUUGAACAAUUAAAGGUAAAAGCUUUGAAGAAUGAAGGAAAAGCUGAUCCUAUCUAUGGAAUUCUUUAUGCUUACAUUUCUACACUGAACAUUGAUGAUGAAACUACAAAAGUAGUUCGAAAUAGAUGUUCAGGCUGUGGUUACAUUGUAAAUGAAGCAUCCAGCACUUGUACAACUUGCAACAAAGAUUCUUCAGAAUUUAAAUCAGUUUUUCGCAGCUUCCAUAUGCUAAUUGAUCUUACUGAUCAUACAGGUACCCUCCAUUCCUGUAGUCUCACAGGAAGUGUUGCUGAGGAGACUUUGGGCUUCACGGUAAAUGAGUUUCUUGCAAUGACGGAUGAACAGAAAACAGCAUUAAAGUGGCAAUUUCUUUUGGAAAGAAGCAAAAUUUAUUUAAAAGUCACGUUACUGCUGUGGGUUCACGUCUGUCACAAUUGGUUGUUUGAACACACUUUAAGCCCUUUUUUCUACAUGUUGGAUUUGAAAUCCCAACUUUCCUACCUGAGAAAAAGGUCAUGAAAAAUUGAUGUGGAUUUUUACAAAAUCACUGUCAGAAGCCAGAUCUAUAAUUUUUCUCCCAACUCUGCCUGAGACUGGAACUCUUUCCAUUGUCUUACAGCUUUAACUGAAGUUUUUGUUCAUAUCUGUAAAGAAAACUCAUUGCUGUUCUCUAUUUGUGGUCAUUGGUUUUCAGCUUUGUAUACCAGGUGAUUUUAAAAACUAACUCUCUUUUUCUCCCUGCAGUUUUUUUUAUCUCAUAGAGCAAGGGGUGGACUGAGAGUGAGUGUGCUCUCCUGUAAGCUCGCAGAUCCUAUUGAGGCAAGUAGGAACUUGUCU